AAGAGUCUGUCCAUUAGCAACAUCGCCGGUCCGGUGUUUGACGACAUUCCCAUCCGAGGCCUGCGGUAUCUCUCCCAGUCCACUGACUCUCUGAACAGAACCAACCAGGUCACUGAGUCCAUGGAGUCGCUCACUGACGAAGGGACGGAGAUGAUGGACGGACAGCUGAUGGGGGAGUUCGAGGCGGAGGCCAGAGAGAUGGAGGCGGACUCCUGGAGUCUGUGUGCAGAGCAGGAGUAUCUGCAGCAGCUGGACAAAGAGCUGGUGAAGAAACAAGACGUCAUCUACGAGCUGAUGCAGACGGAGCUGCAUCACAUCCGCACGCUGCGCAUCCUGUCGGAGGUGUACAGACACGGGCUGCAGAAGGAGCUGACGCUGGAGCUGCAGACGGUGGAGAGGCUGUUCCCCGUGCUGGACGAGCUGCUGGAGCUCCACACGCAGCACCUCCUGCGCCUCCUGGAGAGGAAGAGGGAGAGCCAGCUGCAGGCGGGGGGCCACGGGGGGGGGAGAGCCAUCCACCGGAUAGGAGACCUCCUGCUGGGACAGUUCUCAGGAAGCAACGGGGAGAGCAUGAAGAGGGUUUACGGGCGAUUCUGCAGCCGCCACAACGAAGCUGUGAACCUUUACAAAGAACUGCUGACCAAAGACAAACGCUUCAAAGCCUGCAUAAAAAAAAAGAUGAGUAGCAGCAUUGUGCGGAGGCUUGGUAUCCCAGAAUGCAUCCUGCUGGUGACCCAGAGGAUAACGAAGUACCCGGUGCUGAUUCAGAGGAUGCUGCAGCACACGAGAGAGAGCGAGGAAGACCACGAGGACCUCUCUCUGGCGGUGCGCCUGGUGAAGGAAGUGAUCGCGGCCGUGGACAGCAAGGUGAACGACCACGAGAAGAGAAAGCGUCUGAAGGACUUCCACGGCCGCAUGGACAGCAAGUCCAUCAUGAUGAUGAAGAGCGGGCAGAUCUUCGCCAGAGAGGACCUUCUGAGGCGGAGGCUGGUGCACGACGGGGGGCUGCAGCUGAAGAACGUCCAGGGGAGGCUGAAGGAUGUCCACGCUCUGCUGCUAUCGGACGUCUUCGUCUUCCUCCAGGAGAAAGACCAGAAAUACAUCUUCUCCAUGCUGGACCAGCGCUCCACGGUGAUCUCCCUCCAGAAGCUGAUCGUGAGGGAAGUUGCUAACGAGGAGCGCGGCCUCUUCCUCAUCACGGCGGGCAUCGAGAAGCCGGAGAUGAUGGAGGUGCUGGCCGGAUCCAAGGAGGAGCGAAACACCUGGAUGCAGCUCAUCCAGGAGGCCAUGCAGUCCAUGGAGAAGGACGAGGACGAAGGGAUUCCCAGCGAGACCGAAGACGACAAGAGACAACAGGAGACAAAAAACAAGGAGAUGAGAGGUGAGACGAGUGUUUCUGAGGAAGGGUUUACGUUCACUACCAAG